AUGAUACUCAAAAACUUUGCUUACUUGAGCCUGCUGGGAUUAGCAAGUGCUCAGUCUGCUAGUGUUACCGAUAUGGCUUCAGCUGCCCAAAGCACUGAUCCUACCGAAGAAUGUCAACCUUACAGUGCAGAUAUCGUUAACAACAUCAAAGACCAAUUCCCUGAAAUUUGGAAGCCAGCCACUAUUGUCGAUGGUGAUGACGAUGCACAGCAAAAGUACAACGAAAUUAAGCAGGUCAUCCCGUCCAACAUCCAGCCAAAGGGUACACAUGAUGGUGAUUUCUCCAACACUACGCCUGACUACGAUGCCUCGGAUCCUGACUGCUGGUUUACCUAUGACAAGUGCACCUCUCCUAAGAUAGACGGACUUGCUGAAGAUUUCUGGAAAGCUCCGGAGCCAAACACUUGGAGUCUGGGCUUUGACGACGGUCCAAAUUGCAGUCACAAUACAUUCUACAACUUCCUCAGUGACAACGACCUUACUGCAACAAUGUUCUAUAUCGGCUCAAACGUAAUGAAUUGGCCUUACCAAGCACAACGCGGUGUUGAAGAUGGGCACCAGAUUUGCUUGCAUACUUGGUCACACCACUACAUGACAUCAUUUGACGAUGAGGGUGCCUUUGCCGAGCUUUAUUACCCAAUCAAGGCUAUCAAAGCAAUCACCGGUGUCACCCCAACUUGCUGGAGACCACCAUUCGGUGACGUUGACGACCGUAUCCGUAUCAUCGCUGAGGGCCUCGGUCUCAGAACAGCACUUUGGGAAUAUGACACUAACGAUUGGAAGAUAGGUACAGAGGUUACCCCAGACAAAGUUGAACAAAAUUAUCAAGAUGUUAUUGAUGCUGCUAAAAAUGGUACAUUUGAUGAUGCUGGAACCAUUGUCCUCACCCACGAAAUCACUGGUCCAACAAUGGACAUGUUUAUGAAGAUGUUCCCAAAGAUCAGAGACGCGUUUGAAUACGUUGUUCCAUUCUACGCUGCUAGAAACAUCACCAACCUCUAUGUCGGAGAUGAUGACGAAAAUACCGGGGAGACUUUUGCUGAGUAUGUUUCAGAUGUCUACAAUGGCACCUCGGUAGAAGCUGCCACCUCGACCAAUUCAAAUGAACACCCUCCAGCAACCGUUACCGGUACCAACGGAGCAUUGGCCACCGUAGCUAACCCAACCGUCGCUUCAAUUGAAGGUGCCUCAGCUACAGAUAUUAUUAAAGCACAAGCAGCAAGCACGAACAGCAACGAUAAUACCGACGGUGACGGUGACGGCGACGAAGACGGUGAUUCCAGCGCUUUCUCAUUCGGUGGUUCCUUCUCACUUGCUUCUGGCGCUGCAUUGAUGCUUUCUACUGCAUUCGUCACUUUCGCUCUCUAA